AUGCAUGGAGCAAAAAAUUCAUCCGCACAACGAAAGAAGCAAGAGAAACACAAUCUGCCUCCUAGGCCUCCUUUGCCACAUCGAGAACCUCGACAGGAGAAAGAGUACACUCCUCUCAAUACAUCUCGAGAAAAUGUGUUAAUGACUGUUCGAGAUCAAGAUACGAUGAAAUGGCCACAUCCUUUGAAGCCGAACACAGGAAAUCAGGAUCAAUACUGCCACUUUCAUCAUAGUCGUGGCCACGCUACCGAAGCCUGCAGACAACUGAAGGAGGAGAUUGAAAGGCUUAUCCGCCAGGGUUAUCUUCGACAGUUGAUCCGGGAUUCUCCUUCCAGAGAGGAAACUCUUCUCGCUGUGGGGCAAAAUCAACAACAUAGGCCGCAAAUAAAUAAUCGAGUAGUAGUUGGUGAAAUCGAGACAAUCACCCGAGGCCCUUUGCUAUCUGAUAAAGUCUUAUUGGCUGUAGACGAAAUCCCAACUUCGAAGAAGGCACGUGUGGAUCACUCCAUCACCUUUGAUGAUUCCGACUUAGAAGGAGUGAAAAUCCCUCAUCAGGACCCGCUUGUUAUUAAUACAGGAAUAGGUGAUCCAUGUUACAAUGUUAAGAUAAUUUUUUUGGAUAAUGGUAGCUCUGUAGAUAUCAUGUUCUACUCUACAUUCCUCAAUUUGGGUCUCACUAGAGAGAAGCUUCAACCUGCUGCAGGUCCUUUAUAUGGAUUUGAUAAUCGACAUGUACGAGUAGAAAGGAUAAUCAGUCUCCCAGUUGUACUUGGAGAAUUUCCCCGACAGUCUACACACUCUGUCCAGUUCAUCGUUGUAAAGUCUAAGUCGGCUUACAACGCUAUCUUUGGGAGGCCACUCCAAUCAAUUUUUAGGAUUGUCACCUCUAUCCCUCACCUUAAACAGAAGUUCUAUACUCCGACAGGAGUUAGUAUGGUAUGCGGAGAUCAACAAACAGCACAAACCUGCUAUCUCAGGCCAGCAGGUCAAGUCAUGCCCGAAGAUACUCUAAACAUUAAGGACUUUGAUCUCCGGAAUGAAGACAUCCCUCAAAGAGCUUCCCCAGUAGAAGAACUCACCACUGUAUCUAUCUCUGAGGAACAUCCUUUAAAGACGGUGCAAAUUGGGUCACUUCUCUCAGAAGACGAAAAGAAAAAUUCACAGAUUUUCUACGAGAAAAUCAGGAUGUUUUUGCAUGGAGCCCGACAGAUAUGUCCGAGAUUGACUCUGAAGUAA